AUGUCCCAGAACAACUCCAAGGACCUGCCAGGCGGCCAAAAAAGGCCGCUAGAAGACAGUUCUGUUGGUGGAGACAACAAGCGUGUCGCCACAGACUCCACUCUGGCUUUUCCCGAAAACGAUGGUGCAUUGGGCGAUAUUUUCGAUCUGCUGCUGUUUGAAACCCGCACAGGCAUUGCAGAUGUAGGAUAUGGGCUGCAGAGUGGCACGGGGCUCGAGUUGCCCGAUUUCUUGAACGACAGCAGCGACAUUUCUCGGAAUGCUUCAGGUCAAACCAAACAAGGUGCACAGGGGUCACAAAGCACCAACAAUAUCCAUUCGUCUUUACAAUCAUCACAUUCUCUGAGUAUACCUAUGGCAGGCUCGCUUCUGCAGCUGUCUGAUGCAAGCAGGGUUCCCAAUCCACAACAAUAUCGGGCACAGCCAAGUGUUCCUCGUACAAACUCUACGCCUCGACUCAAUGAUAGUAAUGCCACCAGCACUGGUGGAGUUUCCACGACCUCGGUGCCUCCUGGAGGUCUAUAUCACUCUCAAUCGACUCUGAGUCUCAACUCUGCCUCUUACCCUAGACAAGGCGCACCAAUCAACAAUGCUUCAUCUAACCGACCAGGAGCAGGGUUGACGUCGCCUUACCGAGCUACGAUGCGCUUUGAUCCUAAAAGAACAUAUCCUGGUGCUCGUCCUCCAGCUCCUGCUCAGGGCUCAGGUAGCUACGGAUUCCCCUCCCUGGGUGCUCCUAGUAACAACGCUGCUGGCGACAAGGAUAAGGCUGAAGACCCUACGAAACUUAAUGAUGCUUUAGCUGCCGCUGGAGUUGAUCUCCAGCGAGAGGAAGAGCUUCUUUCUACGAACUACACGCGCAUGCCCAUGAACUCCAUACAACAGCAAAUUGCACAGCGACAGCGUCUGGGAUAUGUGCCUACAACUCAAUUCCUACAGCCAUACCACCUUGCCGUUUUCAUGAACCGUGUCGGCCGGGAAAAUGGAAUGGGCCAGAACUUCAUGCUUGACACAGAGAUGCUAGAGUUCAUGUCUAGCGCAUGCAAAGAGUGGAUAUCUAAUUUGGUUGCUAAGACUGUGACAAUGGCGCGCCACCGUCGAAGAGGCAUUCCUGCCCUUAGCAGUACGCCUGGAAAUGGCUCCGGAGGCCUGUCGAGUCGCCAGAAGUUCGUGCCCCAGAGUCAACGUUCUGAAGUGUCUAAGGAUCUCCGAGAACUUGCCCUAAGGCAAAAAACCCUUGAGGAGAGACGGGUGGAGAAACGUACUGUGCUUGGGCUUGAGCGAACUGGAGAGGUUGCUCCUGAAACAUCAAGUAAAGAUGGUAACGAUGAGACGUUGCACAGGGCAGCCAAUGCCACAGCUGCUAUGAUGACUAUGAAUCCAGCUCGUAAAAAAUAUUCGUGGAUGACUUCAGGCGCUUCGGGAAGCGGUGUGGAUGAUUCUAAGGUAUCAGCAGGAAAAGACAGUGGUUCUAAACAAAGCGCCCUUAUUCUGGCUCGAGGAGAUAAUGGUUUACGUUUUCGCGAAAUCAGAACAGGAAAUAUGAUUACCACAAGAGACUUAUUGAGCGUAAUUGAGGACGAACGAAUGGGCACAUCGAAAGCUGUUGUGAAAGGUUAUGCAAGACUCAAAGAUUAA